AAAAAAUGGCAGCCGGCAAAAUGAAGUGUUGGCAGUGAGAGUGAUGGCAUAUCCCCGGUAGCUUGGUAUGUGCCUGUCGCCCGAGGAUUUGGAAGGCGACGGUGUAGUUAUUUAAGAUUAUUGUAUGAAAUCGUUGCUCUGUUUUGAAGGACUGCAUCAUGGCACUGGUAUUCGAGUUCGUCUGGCGGGUUCUACAUGCCCUUCUCCACCUCCAUAGAACGCUAGUCACCUGGUUCCGAAGCCAUCUCUGGAAGUGGAAUGGACGGAUAUGGAAAAGGGCUGUAGCCGCUCUACUUGUUCCAAUAGCACUGGGUUUCCCGAACCACAAGAAAUUGGCACCUACGACUGGCAAACGUGUCGGUCGCCGUUUUCGCUUUGGCGCGGACGGGAAGGCGCUAGAGAAGCUACCUCUACAUGUUGGCUUGUUGAUAGCCGAGGAGGAACCGCGAUAUUCGGACAUAGCUAACCUGGUUGUCUGGUGCAUGGCAGUGGGGAUAUCAUAUGUUAGCGUGUACGAUAAUCAAGGUGUGUUUAGGAGGAAUAACUCCCGGCUGAUGGAGGAGAUCCUCAAACAGCAGCAAGAGCAGCUGGGGGCAGAUGGCUCCAAAUACUCUGUCGAGUUUUUAAGUAAUGGCAGUGACAAACAAGACCAUCAAGUGUUGUCGUGCCAGGCGGUGGUGAAGGUGCUGUCUCCUGAGGACGGGCGGCAGGGCAUCGUGGAAGCGGCGCAGAAGCUGUGCCGGGCGGUCGAGCAGAGGGAGCGAGCCGCCAAAGACAUCGACGUCACUGUGCUCGACUCGCUACUCAGAGAGUCCAGGAGCAUCCCAGACCCAGACCUGGUGCUGAAGUUUGGAGCGGUGCAAAGCACCCUGGGAUAUCUGCCCUGGCACAUCAGACUGUCAGAGUUCAUCUCCUUGCCCACCCACGCCAACAUCUCCUAUGAGGACCUACUGGGUGCGCUCCAGAGCUUUGCUGGCUGCGAGCAGAGGUUUGGCAAAUGAACAGCGCCCUCCUGUGGGCGAGAACUGGGAAAUCACAUGCAGGGGCAGCGGAGGACAGUGCUGGAGGACGAACAACAAGAAUGAGAGCGAGAGAGGAGGAGGAGAAGGAGUGGAAGAAGGAGGAGAAGGAAGAAGAAGGCCUUGGCUAUGUGUGUUUCCAAAAGUGCUCUCUUCAAAGUGCAAAGUUUACAGUGAGAGCACAAGAGAUCCAGCGCCUGUCUCCGACCCCUCUCUCCCUCAUCGCUCACUCACACUGGGCUCCUCCGGGCCCCCCUGCCUCUCUGGGCCUGGGGCCUUGGGGCACCUCCCUCUCUCUCUGCUAAUGUUUGUUCUAUGUCUGUUUGUGUGCAGAAAAGUGUGUGUGGGUGUGUGUGGGUGUGUGUAUGUGUGUGUGUCCUGUCUAAGUCCUGUCUUGCCCAACUUGCCCAUGUGAACACAGUGAACAUUGUCUUGCCCACAGGAGAGCCCCCUUCCCUCUCAUUCUGCCCUCAACACCCCACCUAAAUCCCACCCCACCUUUGCUGUCCUGCAAACUCAGCAAGUAAGGCGAGGAACUCAAGGCUGCAUAAUUUUUGAAGGGACACAGUUGGACACAACAUGGUGUUAGUUUUCUGUCAUCUCUCGCUCCCGAAACUCUCUCCUGACCUGACCAUGGAGAGAGGGACGCGACAUUGGAGGACGCUUGCUGCUCUCAACAGACUGGUCUCUUUGGGACUCUGUUCUUUAUUGAUUUUCAUUUCACGCUUUCUUUUUGUUUCUGUGGCCUGGAGUAGUGUUUGUGAGCUGGUGACCGGAUCCUCCUGAGAGCAAUGCGCAGGAGCAGUAGGGUGACCAUGAGGAAGGGAUCCCACAGAGACCCACUAGGGGCUCCAGAGGCAGCUGCAGCACCAGGCUGGAUCUGCACCACACACGUUAAUGGAAACUGUUGCUGGAGAGAAAAACGUAUUACAAAACCGCUGCUCUGAUUAAGUACUUGUUGGGGGUUUUAAAUUUGUGGUGUGUGUGUAUGUGUGUGUGCGUGUGUGUGUGCGCGCGCGUGUGUGUGUGCGUGUGUGUGGGUGGGCGCACGCCCGCCCAGCAGUGACUGUGUGUAUCACACUAAUCUUGCCUAACUCCCAGGGUUGUAAAUGUGAGGCAUCUGAAAUGAUUACGCUAAGCUAGUCAGCAGAUUUCCUACUUGUAAUCUCUCAUUCCCUCACUCCCACUCACUUUCUCUCUUUUUCUCUCUUGCUCUCGCUUUCUCUCUCUCUCUCUCUCUUUCUCUCUCAAUUGCUGUUGCUGUCUUUGUUAAGUCUGCUGUAGCUUUGCAUCGAUCUGUCGCGCUGUCAUUAUUUCUCCGUCCAGCAAUCCAAAAGGAAAUGUUCCUGUCACCGUGUCCAUCUUUGUGAUUGUAUGCUAACGUUUGCAGAUCUGUCAGCAGAGAUUUCUCAGUCUCUCUGGGCCUCUAACUCAAGUUGGAAUAAACUAAGCAUGCUUGUGCAGGAUUUACACCAAACUACUGCCGUUGGGCCCCCAUGUGUGCAGUUAAGACUUGCUAAUGUCAAAAUUGCUGGCUAACAUGGCACUGGUAAAACGAAGCAAUCUGCUUUUUGUCCGUGUGAAUGAACAGUUAAAACAAUAAAAAGUUACUGAAACAGUCAGCUUCUACACCUGCCCAGGCUUCUUGGCUACCUUCACCCUGUACCAGAUCUCUGGUAGCUUCCAUCUUGCUAAAUGCGACGGCCAUUUUUUGCCUUGUUGUUAAUAUGUCUCUCAUUGAGACAUUUGCUCGCUGUCCUUCCAGAGGACAUUCGACAUGACACUAGUUUAAACGGCUGGAUACGUUUUUUUUUCUGGAUUUUAAUUUUCAGGAUAGAAUGUUUAGUAAGGGAGGUAGAGUGAAGAAAUGCCUUUAGGUCGAGUGAAACCGGGUGCUCUUGCUUUAAGAGGCCAUCUUUUCUGAGUGUGCGUCUGGCUGAUCUCUGCUUCGGCACCUAGCAGGCCUUGCCAGGGAACAUGGACGAAUUUACAGAGUAGGAAGAAUCUGCAGUCUACAUGUCAAAGGCCUCAGUACUGUGUAUGCCUAUUGCCCCUCCAUGCCUUUGUACUUCACCUAACAGCUAACACAUCUUGCAUCUCAUCACUGCAGUAACAGUCAGUCAUCGUUAUUGUGUUGGACAAUCUACAUGCAUUUUACUUGGAACGAUUUCUUUCAUGUUCUGAAAGGAUAUUAGUACAUAUGUCAGUGAACCCCCAAAAUGUGUGUAACCCAGAUUGGGUAAUCAAAAAAAAAAAAGACUGUUCUCAUGGUGAGGACCUGUCUAUCAACUGAAAACCCUUGGCACACACAAACUGCUCCUCUCAAAUCUUGGGGGUGAUGCGGCUUUGAUGUCUGGCUGGCAGGCUUGUGUGAUGGCUGCCAGACAUGCUACUCUAUAUUCUCGCUCAGCCAACACGGCCAGUAUCUUCCAGAGGGGAGGGGGCAUGGCACAAUUCAAACAGAAAGAAACAUCACAGGGCCGUGUCUACACAGGGGAAGCACCCAUGUGUAUGUGUGUAGGGGGGGGAGUGGGCAGCAUAUCUGACUGUUUGGAUUAUUCCGUGGUUCUCCUGAGCUAAGCACCCUCCGAGAGAACAGCAUCGCAGCAUCCCAAUCAGUAGCAGUGAUGAAUCCGAGCUCACAAAACUCAUCUCCAAGACGUCCGAGCACUUAGGGUGUACGAGAACCCUCAUCGUUAUUCCGGGCCCGCCGAUUAGGCCGUGGGGUCUUUUUUUGCCUAUGUGUGCUCUCUGAGACUGAGGUAGUGGAGUCUUGAGUGAACAGCACCCGAGGCUGUCGGCUUUUAAAGUCCGCUCUGAUUUGUGAUCUGCACUUUUAUGGUUUUAAGACAUGUCCGCCAGGGAAGAGCCUGUUUAUUUGACUUUUUACAGGAGAACACUAAAUGUCUCGCUUCUCCUUGUCCUACACCACGCAUUCAAAGUGAAAGGUGCACUUUGCAUCUACAAAAAAAUUCCAGGUCUAUUUCAGGAGUGUUAUUUUUAUGGUAAUCUUGUCCCGUGUGUGUCUUUUCAAGUGCACACCAUAAACAAAGCGUUGGGACUAGGAGUGGGAGGCAGAGACUGCUCUUGUCACAGUUGCCAUCGACCUUGAUUCUUUUAUGUCCUGUCGAAUAUUUUGGAACUGACUUUGCCAACAGACUGAACAGGAGAGGUCUGGUGGCAGGAUGGGCACUAGAUCACGUUCGACUCGCUGGUCUUGGUAUGUCUGAGGUGCCAUCCAGGAGGGUGCAAAGGGAUUUUGAUUGUCUUUGUAAUUUCCAACUGAGUUAAAACACUUGAAGCGAAAAGCGAAACUCCCAGUUCAUGUUGCUUUUUGAUCCAGUUUACUCUAUGAAAAGCCAUAUACAGAUGUCAUUCCAACAGUGAUGAAUCUGGUUUCAAAUACACCGUGUGUGUGUGUUUUCUUUUUUUCUUUUUUUUUUUUUCUCUAGGAAAGUAGCAUUAGUUUGGUAGGAGGACCACAGAAUUACGUUUGUUAACCACCUUGAAACUGGAUUUGAACCAAAUUAUGAAUGCAUUCUGUACAGUACAAUGAAUAGCAAUACAGUGAUUUUCCACUCAUCAUCCAAUGGGCUUGUGUCACCUUGAGAAGUGCCGAUUGGUCUUUUGUUGCCGUCGCCACGUUUGCUGCUCUCAGAUGCCCUGGUGAGGGCUGGAGCCGUCAGCCUUGUGUGACAUCUAGGUGGGAACAUCAUCCCCAAUUCUGUGAAAGAUUUGCGGGAUUUGUCAAGAAUUACAGCAGAUCACGUCGCCGGGCCCCACAUAACACCCGCACAAAAGUGAAAGGAUUUGCAGCGCUGUAAGCUCCUUAAGAAUAUUUAUUAGCUCAUAGCUUUUGUGUGCGUGUGUAAUUUCUGUUCCAGACCGGGCCAGGCUCAGAUAUACUGUAGGUGACUGGCAUGUCCGCCUUUUUUUUUUACAUUUUAAUUUGUGUUGAGAGGCAAUACCACCAUUCCCCUGAACGUGUGCAUAUCAGCCUCCGCGGAGCUGCUCUGGGCAGUGAAGGAAUCACCUGAAGAAGAGAGAGAGAGAGAGAUGGAGAGAUCCGAGACUAAAUGAUCACAUUUAAUACAACCACAAAUGCUCCACCAUUUUAACAGCUGAGGGGUUGUGAACUUGCUACAAAAUGAUCAACUAAAACUCCAUGACGUCCAAAUGGAAUUGGAUUUAAUCUCCUCGUACAUCACAUGCAGUCUACUACAUCUUGUCAGCUGUGAUGAGGCUGGAUACUGAGCAACUGACAUACUGAGCUGCCAUUUUGUUCACCAGGUACAAGACGCCUGUUGGACUGCCCAUCUGGGCCCCGCUAUGUCAGGUCAGCAUCGCACUAACCAGUCGCAUUGGUGCUCCAGCACAUCUGAACUGACACUGUCUGCUCCUCUGUGACCCCAGUGGUUCCAGCGUUUCACCAUGGACAUCCUUGAGUGGAUGUGGCAUCAAAACUGUAGCCAGCGAGAUUAAAGAGAAUGAAUGACAAAUAAUAACAACUGAGAGACAGAGAGAGAGAGAGAGAGACAACAAACCAAUAUGUGGAGGAAGAAAUAGUCUAAUAAAUGUGACUGUUUUAAAGUUGUAUUUGAUUUGUUUAUCAUUAUUAUUAUAUUUUUUUUCCUUCAAAUUCAAGCAAUUUUGAAACUGUUUUGUGGUACUGGGGUGAGAGGGAGGGUGACACUGUGAGGGGUCAUGGAUCAG